CCCAAGACAGCAACAGUUCAACCCAGUUGAGGAUCAAAUCACCGAUUAUACCCUUGUUCCUCACCUAGUCUCUCAGACCGCAACCGCAACAAUGUCCAUUUCCAACGAAGCUCUUCAUAAGCUGGUCCGUGAGAUCGAAGCGCAGUCGAUCGCGGCUCAGCAACAAAUUGGUCUCGUCCGCACCCAGCAGGCAUCCAAGCAGCGUGAAAUGCGUCUGGCCCAGCUCACACGGAAUGAGCUCGCCACGUUGCCCGAGACCACUGCCGUGUACGAGGGCGUUGGGAAGAUGUUCGUCUCCGUCCCUGUCCCGGCAUUGAAGGAUAGGUUGAGCACCGAGAUGAAGGAGAUGGAGACCGAGGUGGAGAACCUGGGCAAGAGGUUGCACUACCUCGAGACGACAGCGAAGAACAGCCAGGAGCACAUCGAGAAGAUGCUCAAGGGUGGUGGACAGGCUUGAAGGGGAGCUGAGGAGCUGGGUGUCGUUCAGGAACUUAAGCGCGAGAAGGAAGGGAGAUUGUUGCUUGAAGCGCCGAUAAACUUG